AUGUUGAGCCCAGCGCUAAGUCCGGCGGGCGGAGUGCGAAAGCGUACGAGGAUAGCGGAGAUGCUGGAGAGCAGCCGGAAGAAACGGCAGGUGUUGAGAGAGGACUUGGAGAAAGACCGGCACCGGGACUUGCGGCGUGUCGGGGUGGAGGUCGGUUCGAAGGUUUAUGUGCGGUAUGAAUAUGACGACCUGUUGGAGGAGGAGAAUACGGAAGAGCCUAUAGUGCUGGAGAGCAAGGUGGUAUGGUGGCCGGCGAAAGUGUGCCUGUACCGCGGUCCGGGCUCUUAUGCUCCGGGUGGUACGGAAGACGGCAUCCUGCGGCCGGUGCGAAAAGACGGGGCCUCUUCGCGGAAAGAAGUUUCUGCACAGGAGGAAGACAGCGGGCGAAAAGCGGAGGACGAGGCGGGUGAAGAAGAACAAGAUGUUAAGGACGGGCCGGAGGCGGGGCAAGAGGUGAAGGAGGGGCCGGAGGCGGGGCAAGAGGUGGAGGGAGAGCAAGAGGGCGGUAGCACUGUCUCCGAGGUAGCUGCCGGUGUGGAUGGGUCCCGGGAACCGGCGGUCUUACGAAUACACGCGGAGGAGGAGAGCUCCAGUGUUUGCACACGUGUGUGCUCAGACACAAGUGUGUGCACAGAGACCGUAGUGCGCACAAUGUGUUCGGAAGAGGGUGCGGAAGGAGAGGAGCGAUUGUACAAGGCGGCUGAGGUCUUUGAGUCGAUGAGGGCGAGUUUCUCGCGAGGGGCGUACGUCGAUCGGAUGGCGGAGUUGGUUCGUCAGAAUGAGGAUAAGGUGGUGUAUUUACUAAAUUAUGAGGGUCGCGAUGAGUUCCCGCCUGAGUCGGUACCCUGUUUCUUUUUGGACAAGGAGAAUCUUGUGCACCUACAUCAAGCAUGGGGUUUUGCGGCCUAUCGUACGGACCUGGUUCCCAGUGACGAAGAGGAAGAAGGUUUGUUCUUGGACGACCUUGACUCUGGCUCUAUUGUCGGUCAAAUUGCCGACAAAGUGAUUACCGUCAUUAGUCGUUUCUAUAAACAUGCCGAAACCCUUAAUACGAAGUCCAUUUCUGCCGAUGAUGUCUGGGCCUAUUUUGACCAAAUACCAGAGGUCACCCUUAUCCUAUCCAAGAGACCAAACCAAACCGGACCAGUGGAAGACCACUCCAUCGUACAUGUAACUUCCAACUUCACCCCAACAGACUUCCCCGAACCAGCUGGCGACACUUCACCACUCGAAGCCAGCUCCGCCCAACUUACGGACGGCGAAAACGUCCGGAUCAACGACCAACUAGAGACCACUCCCUCCCUCCAGGACGCUCCUUUCCCCAGACGACCCGACCCCUAA